GACUCUGUGUGCACAGUGUUACAACACUGCAGUCUGAGAGCAACACACAAAGGAGAGCCACUGAUGGAAAAUGUCUCCCCACACACACACAGCAGCAAAUGCGAUCCCUCCUCACACACUGACACAACUGGCCAGACGGUGGCUGGCAGAGGACACACCCAACUUUGAUCCUGCAGGAGUGUGUGUGGGGUCCCGGGAGGUGGAGGCGAAGCUGCUGUGUAAGACACCGAACAGCAUUCUAGCAGGAAGGCCCUUCUUCACAGCGGUGUUCACCGAGGUCGGCUGCACCGUGGACUGGACUUACCAGGAGGGAGCUGACAUCGGUCCAGAUGCUGUUACAGUGACCGCUGUGGUCAGAGGCCCGGCGAGGUGCCUCCUCCUCGGGGAGAGGCCAGCUCUCAACUGCCUGGCCCGAGCCUCGGGGAUCGCUACUCGCUGCUCUCAGCUCCAGGCAGUGGCAGCGGCCGGAGGAUGGCAUGGAGAAGUGGCAGGCACACGUAAGACCACGCCAGGCUUCCGUCUGGUGGAGAAGUACGCCAUGCUGGUUGGGGGCGUAUCCAUGCACAGACAGGACCUGAGUGGAAUGGUGAUGCUGAAGGACAACCAUGUGUGGGCAUCAGGAAGUAUCAGUGAGGCAGUGAAAGUUGCACGCUCCAUGUGUGGCUUCAGCAGUAAGAUCGAGGUGGAGUGUUGCUCUGCAGAGCAGGGCAGAGAAGCUGCUGCAGCUGGAGCAGAUAUUGUUAUGCUGGACAACUUUAAACCUCAGGAGCUCCACGCAGCAGCUCGCUCCCUGAAGACCGAGUUCCCAACUGUGCUGAUAGAAUCCAGUGGAGGCAUCGACCCAGAGAACCUGUCUUUGUAUUUGUCCCCACAUGUCGACAUCAUUUCCCUGGGCUGUGUAACACAAGGCUGCCCAGUGGUCGACUUUUCUCUCAAGGUUCAAAAGUGACCAAACGUGUGUUCAUUUAUUUUGCUGUACUUCAUGUUUUCACAUCCUCUGUGAUGUCACCAGUCAUUUGAUAAGAAUCAAAGCAGAACAGAAAGUCUCAUACAACAUGAUUGUAAUGAUCACACUUGUCCUGAAUACAAUUGGUGUAAUAUU